ACCACCACACUCUCUAACUCUCUCUUUUCCAUAUGAAAAAAGAGAGCUGAGCUAGCUUGCUCUACUUGUUCUGCAACAUCCUCUCCUUCUGUUUUGAUCUGCUUUUCUUAGCUUUAUGGCUCUUCUCACUUUCCAACCAGAGGCCACAGAGCCCAAGAAGAAGAAGAAACAUGUCCAACCACAACAACAACCACCCUCUAAACGCAGCCACCAUAAGCAGCACUCCUCCUCAAAAAAGCAGCAGCCACCUCCACAAAAGCCCCCCUCCACCUCUUCAUGGGAUCACUUCAAGAACCUCCUCACCUGCAAACAGAUCGAGGGUUCCAGAGUCCACGACCCCUCCAAAAACGCCGUCGGCUACUCCAAGCUCGGGUCCUCCUGCGGCUCUAUAUGCAGUUUCAAAGACGUUGUUCACGGAAACACAACCAGCCGGGUUGUUCACAGAGCCGAUAACUCGCCGGACAGUAGCUCGCUGGGUCAAGAAACCGGGUUGCUGAGCCGGAAAGUUGCAUCCCGGUCUGAGUCAGGGUCAGCUUCUAGAUCCAACCGCGGUGGCGGUGCUGGUUAUACGUCAUCUAAUUCGUCUAGAGGGAUGCAAUUCAGGAAGCUCUCCGGGUGUUACGAGUGCCAUUACAUCGUUGACCCUAGCAGGUACCCAGUUCCAAGGUCUACUAUCUGCUCUUGCCCUCAUUGCGGUGAGAUCUUCCCCAAAUUGGAGAGUUUGGAACUUCACCAAUCCAUUCGCCAUGCUGUAUCGGAGCUAGGAGUGGAAGAUUCCGGCAGAAACAUCGUGGAGAUAAUAUUCAAGUCGAGCUGGCUGAAGAAGGACAGUCCCAUUUGCAGGAUCGAACGGAUACUCAAGGUCCAGAACACACAGCGCACGAUCCAACGCUUCGAGGACUGCCGCGACGCCGUGAAGAACCGAGCCCUUAACAGCGCCCGAAAGAAUCCCCGCUGCGCCGCCGACGGCAACGAGCUGCUGCGCUUCCACUGCACCAGCAUCUCCUGCCCCCUCGGCGCGCGUGGCUCCACCAACCUCUGCGGCUCCGUCCCGGGCUGCGGUGUCUGCACCACCAUCCGGCACGGCUUCCAAGGCCACGGAGGAGGAGAGGUUGUUGGCAGCAAGGGAGUGCGGACUACUGCCAGCAGCGGUAGGGCCCACGACUCGUUGCAUUGUACGGACGGGCGUAGGGCAAUGCUGGUUUGCCGCGUCAUUGCCGGCAGGGUGAGGCGGGUUGCGGAAGAUGCGGCGGAGGAGGAGGGUGUGACAGCAUCAUCAUCAGCUGGUGGGACGUACGAUUCCGUCGCCGGGUACGCCGGAGUGUUCUCGAAUCUAGAGGAGCUGGUUGUGUUUAAUCCGAGGGCGAUACUCCCGUGUUUCGUAGUCAUUUACAAAGCUCUUGACUCUUAGAUAUAGAUGCCCUAGCCUAGCUAGCUCGUUAUGCUUACUAUGUAUUCAUUUCGAUACAAGAUAGGAUUUUCUAUCCCUACAAAAAAAAAAAGGGAAAAUCCAAUGUUGUAUUUCAUUGUUUGGGUGCCAGCAGUACGUAUCGCAGUUUUCUACUAUACAUAUAUAUCUGUAUACCAUGCAUCAAGCUGUGAGUCGUCCGAUCAUUUUGAAUUUUGAAUUGCUAAACGAUCGGACGAUUUACGGCUUAAUGUAUGUUAUACAAAUGUGUAUAGCAGCCGAAACCGUAUGUAUCAACUAAAUUAAUUUCAGUGUGCGUGGUUGGUGUAUAUACAUCUUUGCUGUCUUAGUUUAUUAUGUUUAUAUAUCUAGCUC